AUGAUGCAACGUUCUCCAGAGAACCUGAACAUUCAGGAGAAGCUUCAAGUGAGCAUGAAGGAGGCAUAUUCAAACUAUCCAACUUUCGCUCAGCCGUAUGGAUCGCAAGCGCCUCAGUCAGCUGUGAUUCCAGAGGAGGGUGAAGUCAUUCAGCCUUGGCCUUCUGACAGGCCGGAUGCUCCUCCGCUUGUUACAUCGAAGACUAUUGAGGAAGCAAGGGAAAAGUUUCCAGGAGAUCCCGUUUUGUCCCUUUCUCAUAAGAAUGAGAUCAGGAUGGCGGCUUUGCGCAGGCAGCUUCAGGUUUACGGUAACACUCCAGCAUGGUACUAUGUGUCCUCGUUCUUGGUCAUGGUUGGAACAGUAAUCUCCCUCUUCUUCUUCGCUCAGGAUCGAUGGGUCAAGAGUCAAGCGGACAUCGACCUCGAUUAG